AACAACAAAAUGGCAGCGCCCAUUGUAGAAUCUUUGUCUAUUUUGACCCCAUUUGUAGAGAAUAGAUGUAUCAUUUGUGGGUUUACGUUCAUACAGAAAGAAACAACAAGCGACGGAUUGGUAAUUACUAAUAAAUUUACUCAUCGAAAAUUGAAAUUAACUACAGAACGUUUACGCGAGAUAGAAAAAGUAGUUGGAAAUUUGCAAAAGAAAAAGAAAGACGACAAUGGUGUCUGUUUAAAAUGUUAUAGAGCAGUCGAACGAGUGUUGCGAUUAGAAAAGGAAGCAGAAAAGACAAAGGCUUGGUUAUUAAAAUUAAUAGAAAGGGUUGAGCAAUCAAGUAAACAAAGUGACAUUGAACGCUUGCCGAGGAACACCUCAAACAAAGUAGAAAAAAAUAGACCAGGUUCAAAUAAGGAUUGUAAUGAUACAUGUAACGAGGCUAUUCCAUUUAAUGAACUUACUAACUUAGCCAGGUAUGUACCCAUUGCUGCAAAACCCUCAACGGUUAACAAUUGUGAUCAAAAUGUAUCAAAACAAGCUGAUCAUACAAAGACUGUUGGUCCCUCACUGGGAUUUGAACAAGCUGAUAAUACAGAGACUGUUAGUCGCUCACUGGGACUUGAACAAGCUGAUAAUACAGAGACUGUUGGUCGCUCACUGAAACAAGCUGAUAAUAUAGAGACUGUUGGUCGCUCACUGGGACUUGAACAAGCUAAUAAUAUAGAGAGUGUUGGUCGCUCACUGGGACUUGAACACGCUGAUAAUACAGAGACUGUUGGUUGCUCACUGGAACUUGAACAAGCUGAUAAUAUAGAGACUGUUGGUUGCUCACUGGGACUUAGAAGUGGUACUGAUGACAACAAAGAAGGGGAAAGUGAGACCUUUGUACCUAAAAGCAGAAAAAGAAAAAGAGAAGUGGACAGCAGCACAAAUAAUACAUGUACCAACAGAAAUAUAGAUAAAAAAGUCAAAUCUGUACCUGCAAAGAAUUUAACCAAUCAAGGUUCAAAUCAAGUUGUUACAUGUUCUCAAGACACAGUUGAUGAUGAUGAUAGUUACCCUACUAUGUACCUAGUAAAGACUGGACUGCCCAAAGAUGUUCAUGCUGAUGAAGUAAAGAAAACUAAUAAUGAACUUUAUAGAAAUACUAUUGACCACAACUAUUCCAAAAAACACUUACUAUUACCCUGGGUUCAAGGAAAGCAGUUCAUUUGUCCAUAUUGUUGUACUGAUAAAACAGGAAGAUCGUUUGAUACAGAAUCUGAGCUCAAUUUGCACAAAAACACUCAUACUCGUACAAUGCCACAAAUUUGUCAAUCUUGCUGGAAAUGCUUUGGAACAAGGGAAGAAUUGUUUAAACAUAAUUUUAUGGAACAUAAUGAUUUAUAUCGAAAGCAAAUAGAAGCACAAAAAAAUAAAUAUUAUCGCAAAAUCAUUCCUGUUCAGGAUGAAAUUUGUUUACAAACAAUUAUUCCUUUGAAUAAGUUCAAAGAAUCACAAACACAGAAUGAAAUUCAGGAAUAUUCUGGUAAUCAUGAAACAAUAGAAACUCAUAUUAAUGAAGAACUUGGAUCUUCCACAAUUAAUCCUUCAAAUCAAGAUUCAGUACAUCUCAAUGAAAGAUCACCAACACACCUAGAGGCAGUGGAUCCUUAUGUUGAUAAUGAUUCUAUAGAAAAUCAUAUAAAGGUAGAACCUGGAUCACCAACAACUUAUAAUUUGACCAAAGAUGCAGUACACAUAAAUGAAGGACAACUAAGACCCAUACAGGGUUUUUCUUAUAAAUAUAAUACAAUAGAACCUCAAGUUGAGGAAAAAUCUGGAUUACUAUCAAUUCAUCCUUUGAACCAAGAUGCAGUACACAAUCAUGAAGGAUUUGAAACAGAUAAACUUUCAUUUGAUCAUAAGUCGAUAGAACCUCAAUUACCCACAUCUCCACAUUUGCAUGAAAAUGGAGAACAUAAUAAUGACGGUUUAAAAAAUCACUUAGACAUGUUAGAAAUGCAAAAACUUUCUUGUAAUUAUAAUUCAAUGGAAUAUUGUAUUAAUAAAGAACCUGAAUCAUACAUAAAUUAUCCUUUGAAAUUAGUUGCAGUUCAUACCAAUGAUAAAUUACAAACAGAAUUAGAAACAGAGGUAUUGAAUUGUCAUUAUGAUAGGAUAGAAACUCAAAUUAAGGAAGAACCUGGAGUACGAACAGUUUAUCUUUUAAAAAAAGAUGCAGUACACGAUAACAAAGGACUAGAAACACAAGUAGAAACACGGAAAAAAUCUGAAUUAAAUACAGUUUAUCCUGUGGAAUUAGUUGCAGUACAUGGAUCACGAGCCAUUCAUUCUUUAAAGCAAGAUGCAGUACACAAUAAUGAAGGACUGGAAACACAAGUAGAAACACAGAAAAAAUCUGAAUUAAAUACAGUUUAUCCUGUGGAAUUAGUUGCAGUACAUACCAAUGGUGGAUUACGAACUGUUCAUCCUGUAAAACAAGAUGCAGUACACAUGGAUGAGGGAUUUCAAACACAACUAGAAACACAGAAAGUCUCCUCAGAUCAUGAUACAAUUGAAGUUCACAUUAAGGAAGAACCUGCUUGGCCUGAUGUUCAUGUCAUGAACCAAAAUGAAGUACAUAUCAAUGAAGGAUUACAAAAACAUCAAGAAACACAAAACCCUUCUUGUGUUUCUAAUACAAAAGAAUCUGUUACUAUGGAAGAUACUGGAUUAUUCACAAUGCAUCCUUUGGAACAAGAUGCAGAAGCUAUUCCAGAAGCAUCACGAAUACAAGCUCAAGUUAGUGCAACCAUUUUUGAACAGUUGCAAAAGGAACCAUUGAUUUCACACAUGGACUGUUUAUCACAAACAGAAGGCAGUAACCAUGGUAACCUACACAUCUGUUCAGUAUGUAACAGAGAGUUCAGUUGUUUAAAAGACCUGCAGUGGCAUCUUUGCAAAAAGACCUAUCCAUGUGAAAUAUGCAACGCAGAAUUUAUAGCCGAUUUUCUUUUGCAAAAACACAUGGAAAAACAUAGCAAUCAAACAUUUUUUUUGUGUGGUAUAUGUAAAGCUCCUUUUGAUUCUAAAGUUGAAAGAGGAAAGCAUACAAAUGUGAUGCACAGAAAAAAAUUUCAAUGCAUAAAGUGUUCGAAAGAUUUUCCCAACAAAUACAGUCGAAAGAGACAUAAUUUGAUUCAUACAGGUCAAAUAUUUUUUUGUAAGCUUUGCGAUUAUAGUUUUGCUACAAAACAUUCUUUAGAGAGACAUAUUAAUGCUGCAAAGCAUUCGGCGCUUGCAAAAAAAACUUUUGUGUGUGAAAUAUGUCACGAGUCUUUUUUGCGCAAGACUAACCUUGUUAAACAUAUUGCAAUUCAUAAAAAGACAAAGUCAUUCACUUGUUUAACAUGUUCUAAAACAUAUGAUUGUAAAUAUGAUUUGUCGGAACAUUACAAAUUAUGCAAGAAAGAUGCAUUUCAAGAAUCAAGUAAAUGUUGCAUUUGAUAAAACCUAUGACAUUGGUGAUUAAUACUAUGAAAGGAUAGCGUAGUAAAAUAAAAUAUUUCAUAUUUUGAUUAAAUAUUUUAAUUUGUAUUACAAUGUAUAAGUUAUAGUGAACCAUUUUCAGGUUUUUAAGGUGAUUCUCAAAGAUUUUAUAUCCUUACCUAAGAGUUAUUCAAGAAAUAGCAAUUUGUGUUAAUUAAACUACAAAUACCAUUUAUCCUGACUUUUUCAGUUGCAAUCAAUCAUGUGAAUAAAACUGUUCGAUCAUGAUCAUUGGGAAUUAAAAAGGUGCAUGUGGAGCAUGCAACAAUUAG